AUGACGUCCAAAUUUGCAAAUUUUGUUACUAGACAAAAUAUUAUUUUACCAAGUGUUAUAAGAUCCAUUAGGUGUCAACAACAUGAAAAACUAUUUAUACAACAAAACCAAAAUCAAUGGCAACACCAACAUCAGCAACAAAUUAGAUUAUUUUCACUUACAUCAUGUUUUCAAAAAGAAGAAAAUACUAGUAAAUCUCAAUUAAAAUUUACUGGUGACAACAAACUUAGUUGGAAUGAUUAUUUUGCACUUCGACGUAAAAGGCGUUUGACAGAAAGAUUAGUGGCCAUUCCUUCAACUAUCGGGGCUUUAGGUGGAAGUUUAGUGUAUGUUGCCACGAGAGAAUAUGACCCUACACUCAUAUUUGGACAAGAACCUCUCUUAAUAUAUGCAAUUGGAACUGUUUUAUGUACUGUGUCUAGUUUAAUAUUGGGGCCAAUUAUUGGAAGUUCUAUUUGGAAAUUGUUUCAUUCCAAAGAAGUUAAAUUAAUUGAAGAGAAAGAUAAGGAUUUUUAUGAACAUAUUAAAAAAAAUAGAGCAGAUGCAUCAUUGCAUUCACUUAGAAAUCCAGCACCUGAUUAUUAUGGAGAAAAAAUUAAAUCGGUAACAGACUAUCGCAAAUGGUUAAGGAAACAACGAGACAUUAUUAGAAAAGGAACCUUUCAUAUUGGAGAAUAUGAUAAUUGA